AUGGACUGUGAAGGGAAGUAUUUCAAACAGUCGCCGAUUUCUGCAAUUCCCACUCUUCGAAUUCACGGAACUACCGCCGCUGUGGUCACGAAUGAGAGCCUCGAUGUUGUUGACCUUUGCAGACGUCGAGACGUCGAGAUCGUGGCAAGGGUCGGCAUCUCCAACUUCCGAUGCUUGGCAACGUCUCCACACUCUUCACGAACAACACCUCCAACAACGCCAUCCACAAUCUGUCCCACCUACGGCUCUCCCCUUCCCGAGGACGGAUACGACGACUUCCAGUAUAUCCACAUAACGGGUCGACGUCGCUCGUAUAUUAAUCUGCAACAGACGACUCAGCUUAAAGAUAUACAUGGCAAGGCACCCACCGGAUGCACUGGCUUUCGCAAGAUUGACAUCGUCAUGACUUGUCUCAACCGAUAA